ACGCAGAGUAUAUAUACCAUUUCUGUCAUUGUACGUGACUUUGUCUCCAUAUGAUCAGCCUCAGAUCAUACAUUAAGGAAAUUUGAGGGCCACUGAUUUAAAUCACCACGGCCAUGUCUAUCCUCACCCAUGUUUUGGCUGGCCUUUUUGGCAUGGGCUCCUGGGUCACCAUCUGUGGUUUGUGGGUGGAGCUUCCUCUAAUUGUUCCACAGGUACCUGAGGGCUGGUAUCUCCCCUCCUACAUCUCCGUUAUUGUCCAACUGGCCAACGUCGCACCUCUGUUUGUCACAUUAAUGCACCGCUUCCGCCCAGGAAUGCUUAAUGAGACUGUGGUUAUCUAUUUUAUUGUUGGUUUUGGAAUACUGGCAAGUCUUUUCCUAGCUUUCUUCUGGAGUGAGACCGUAGUGGUGCAAGGUGUAAAGCGCAGCGUUCCUCUCCUGCUCCUCAUCUUCUUCAUCUCAAUAGUGGACUGCACCUCUUCGGUGACAUUUCUUCCCUUCAUGACGCAGCUCAAAGCGGAGUAUCUCAUGACGUAUUAUGUUGGAGAAGGCCUGAGUGGACUUGUUCCAGCUUUAGUGGCGAUGGUUCAAGGUGUAGGUGUAAUGGAAUGCAUCAAUGCAUCUCAAAUCCUGAGAUCCAACGAAACACAUCUUAACAGAUCUGAAGGAGACACUAACUAUCUCGUGCCAAACUACCAACCAGCUAAUUUUUCAGUUGAAGCCUAUUUUUUCUUCCUGACGGCUAUGAUGGUGGUUUGUUUGGUGGCGUUCUUACUUUUGAACUACCAUCCUGCUGUGGCUCGAGAGCGUCCCAAUAACAUAAACGGAAAUGGAGAUUCUAUAUCACGCUGGAAACACAAGAAAUCUGAACAGAAACCAAUGAUGCGUUCUCAAAAGUCUAGUCAGAAACCCAGGAGCAUGUUUGGGACAGGGAUGUACACGUGGAUGCAAGUGAUGUACAUCUACGUUAUCCUAGCAUGGGUGACCGCUCUGACCAAUACCGGUUUGCCAUCGGUGCAGUCGUACUCAUGUUUACCAUAUGGAGACCAGGCAUAUCACUGGUCAGCCACUAUGGCGAAUGUAGCCAAUCCUGUAGCUUGUUUCAUCAGCAUGUUUUACACCCAAAGGUCUUUAGUGUUGAUGGGAGUUCUCACUUCCAUUGGCUCUCUUAUUGGAGUUCACAUUAUGGCCAUGGCUGUGUUGAGUCCAUGUCCACUGCUAGUUAAUGAGACCUCUGGAGCUGUCAUUAUUGUGUUGGCGUGGUUCUUUUUUAUCUUCACUCUAUCGUAUGUAAAGGUGAUUGUUGCCGUCAUCCUACGAGAUGAAGGCCACAGCGCUCUUGUGUGGUGUGGAGCUGUAGUGCAGCUGGGCUCAAUGUUGGGGGCAGUUACUAUGUUUCCUCUGGUCAAUAUAUAUGACUUUUUCACCUCAGGUGACCCGUGUAACAGUAGUUGUCUAUGAGAUACGGGUUCUGUAAAUAGUAUUCAAAUUUAUGGUAACACUUUACAAUAAGGUGUCAUUAGUUAACAUUAGUUAAUGUAUUAACUAACGUGAACGAACAAUGAACAAUACAUUUAAUACACUAUUUAUUAAUCAUUGUUAAUGUUAAUUAAAUAAAAAUAUAGUCAUUCAUAGUUAGUUCACAGUGCAUUAACUAAUGUUAACAAACACUUGUGAUUUUAAUAAUGCAUUAUUAAAUGCUAAAAUUAACAUUAAGUAAGAAUAAUAAAUGCUGUAGAAGUAUUGUUCAUUCUUAGUUCAUGUUAACUAAUGUUAUUCUAAAGUGUUACCAAAUUUAUUAUCAUAUUAUUACUGUUAAUUCUUAAUUGUGGAUCAUAUGUAAAAAACAAACAAACAAACAAACAACAACAACAACAAAAAAAAGUCAAAAAUUUGUUUAAAAUUAAUAUAAAAAUAUUUGAAUUAAUGUGAAAAAUCUUUUUUAAUGUUGAUUAUUUUGUAUACUGUGCAGAUGUUUUAUUACAUAUACACUGCCAUUUUUUUAAUAGUUUUUUUAAAGUAAAACCAAAGCUGCAUUUAUUUGAUCAAAAAUGCAGGAAAAAACAGUAAUAUUGUUAGA